UAUCAAUUGCAGUUGACUGGCCUUUGCAGUUCAGAAGUUGUUAUUUUGUAGCCUAUUCCCUCCAAUUUCCCACAAUUCGAUUUUGUGCUUUGUGGCGGUAAUGUCGAUAAAAGGUUUUCACAUUCAAGUAACAUUCAAGUAAUAGUUCAAAUAAAAUGGCGAAAGAUGAGAAGAUGAACAAAUCGAUUGAGACUAAGACACCACUACGUGCGAUUGACAAGUUCUUUGAUAUUGCCACACCAGUUGAUUCGCCUGAUCUAUUAGACGAAAUUUUUGAACCUCCUAAUAAGAAACUUGUUCCACAAAAUGAAGAAGUUGUCACACCUGUAGUAAGUUCUCAAAGUAGUCAGAGGGUUCAGAAAAGGAAACUUAAUGAUGAAGUACUAUCUCAAGGAAAUGUCUCAAAAAAGAAGAGUGUUGAUGAGACACGGACUCACAGCUUUCAGGAUGAUUCCGUCUUUGAUAACUCUGAGAUUCUGUCAAACUUAGGAAGUCCGAGUUUAGAUGUUCGACCAAUACCAACAAAAAAAAACAAGAAACGGAUGUCAAUUUCUGCUUAUUCCAAAGCAUUCCAAAGCCAGCAGCUCGGUCAGCAGUCACAGGUGGUCAAUACCUCUGAUGACCUGGGUGAAUCAAAUAUUCCUUCUGAUUUAGGAAGUCCAGAUAAAUUACUCUCUCGAAGACCUUUGAAAUCUAAGAAACAUACAUCUACAUCAAUGUUUCAAGAAACCCUUGAUGGGAAAAAAGAUCAACAAGAACAAGAUUCUGAAGAAAUCCCCUCAUCUUUAGAAAGUCCUGGAAAGAAGCAAGAAGUUAGUCGCCUUCCUAACAAAUCUAAAAUGCGAAUGUCGACUACCACCUUCAAAAAGGUGUUAGAAGAUGGACAAGAACAAGAUUCUGAAGAAAUUCUCUCAUCUUUAGAAAGUCCUGAAAAGAAGCAAGAAGUAAGUCGCCUUGAUAACAAAUCUAAAAUGCGAAUGUCGACUACCACCUUCAAAAAGGUGUUAGAAGAUCAACAAGAACAAGAAUCUGAAGAAAUUCCCUCAUUUUUAGAAAGUCCUGCAAAGAAGCAAGAAGUUAGUCGCCUUGUUAACAAAUCUAAAUCGCGAAUGUCGACUAGAGUAACAAAAAAAACUCUAGAAGACGAGAAAGAACAAGAUUCUGUGGAAAUUCCCUCAGCUUUAGAAAGUCCUGAAAAGAAGCAAGAAGUUAGUCGCCUUGAUAACAAAUCUAAAAUGCGAAUGUCGACUACCACCUUCAAAAAGGUGUUAGAAGAUCAACAAGAACAAGAUUCUGAAGAAAAUCCCUCAUCUUUAAAAAGUCCUGCAAAGAAGCAAGAAGUUAGUCGCCUUGUUAACAAAUCUAAAUCGCGAAUGUCGACUAGAGUAACAAAAAAAACUCUAGAAGACGAGAAAGAACAAGAUUCUGUGGAAAUUCCCUCAGCUUUAGAAAGUCCUGAAAAGAUGCAACAAGUUAAUCGCCUUGUCAAAAAAUCUAAAACGCGAAUGUCGACUACAGCGUUCAAUAAAGCUCUACAAAGCCAGAAAGAACAAGAUCCUGGUGAGAUGAAGAAAUCAAAAGCACUCUUAGAAACCCCAACUAAAGCUAGUGAUUCUGAUUUGUCUGACGAUAGCGACAUGCCAGAACUGGAAUCCUCAGAUGAUUUUUCUCCUUCUACAUCAUCCACACAGAUAAUAAAAAGUAAACACUUAAUGACUGGCCCGACAGUGGAGCCAAGAGAAAAGAAUGACAUUCCUGCAUCAUCAGAAUCCCCUCUUAAAGGUCCUACACUGGAAAUCCCAAACGUUUUGGUGUCUAACAGAUCUAAUUUAACGGCGGUAACCUCGCAUCACGCAACUCUUCCAUUAGUCGACGAAGAAAUAGAAGAAAAAGGAACGGUUUCGCGUCCUUCCAGCCGAGCAUCAAAUAAGUCAUCAUCGUCAUUAAAUGACAGCAAACGAAGCGCAGUCCCACCUUCAGCUUCAGAUAAUGAUCCCGAAGAUGCUGAUGCUGAAUCAGUUUCGUCGGUAAUUAAGAAAAUUAACAGAAGUUUGCGCAGUGCCAGUCGAGCUUCCAACAAAACAACGACGGCAACAAAGUCUAAUGAUAACAUUAGUUCCAGCCGAGCCUCCAAAUCCUUACCGGGAAAUAAUGAUGUGGCGUUGAAAAAAGCAAAUAAUUCAUCACGGUCAACCGCUUCUCGCAAAACUACUUCGCCUUCCGCUGAAGAAACGAGAAAUAUUUCACGGAGUUCUAGCAGACCCUCUCAAUCAUCGUCUUCAUCAAAUGUAAUCAGAAGAAAGAAAAUUCAACGCCCAGACUCAGAUGAAGACAAUGGCCCCAUAUUGAAUCUAUUACCAUCGCCUAAAAUCAAGGAAAUUGAAAAAAAAUUGCGGAGCUCUAGCCGAGCUUCCUACAAUUCCUUGUCAGAAACAAUUGAUGAUGUUUUCAACAGCCCCAAUAAAUCAACACGAUCAACUGCUACUCGCAAAACUCCUUCGCCAUUACUUGAAGAAAUUGAAAGUAUUCCAGGCAGUUCAAGGAGGGCAUCCGAAUCAAAGUCUUCAUCAAACGUAAUCAAAAGGAAGAACAUAACACGCCCAGAAUCAGGUGAAGAUGAUGAUCCUGUAUUGGAAUUGCCAUCGCGUUCUAACCGACCUCCCAAUAAGUCGUUACCGGCGUUCUCCAGAGUAAUCUUAGAUUCCGAUUCAGAAUCGGAAUCGGAAGAACCUGACGACCUCUUGUCGAAGCAAAUUACGGAACCCAUCAACAAAACUCCAUCUCCCGUCAUAGAGCAGGUCGAAGAAGCUAAAGCAUCGUUGUCAUCAUCUGGAAGCCGCUCACGAGGAAGUCUUAAAUUUCAGUCUCUGGCCACCAAAGAGGAUCGUAGUACGAUUCAACCAAUUGUGGAUGAUCUACUAUUGAUCAACGAAGCUGAAGUGGAGGAAACUCCACCAAGUGAUAACGAUUCCAUAGACGAAAAGUCUACAGAAGAAAAUAAUGAGGAAGAAACGGACGAAGAGUUAUCUGCGAAGUCGAGAAGACUAACGCAUUCUUUGCCUGAAUCCAGCAAGUCUAGUUCCCGCAAAUCAGGAAAAAUUGGGAUGAGUCCAACCAACCGAUAUCCUGCUCUUAAAAACUCUACGGUAGUAGCAGGAGGUGCAGAUUUCGGUGGAGCUCCGCUCAGCAUGUCCCCAAUCAGACCUAGUGAGCAAGGUGCUCCUACACAGAUUUUCUCAACUAAAAAAUCGAAUGCAUCAGAAUCCUCUAAUGCUGGAACAGUGACUAGUACGAACGUAACAUCACCUACGUCAAGGAAUGUUCAAAAGACUCCUUUACAUCCGUCUACCCCUGCUCCGUUCGCCAAAAAACGGAAGCGUUCCAUAACCCAAAGCCCAAUGUUCAUGAACGUGAUGAAGUCUUCUGUGAAAAAAGCUAUAAGAAAUGUUCAGGAUCAACAGCCUUCGACUCAAUCUACUCCAGCUCCUGAUUCAGCUACACCUGCAGCUUCACGCGUUCCGGUAGCGAAAACUGCUCAGGAUAAAACACAAUUGACUUCUACUACACCUGCUCUUUCACGCGCGUCUGUAGCCAAUAUCGCAUCCAAAGGAUUAAGUAUUUUAAAUCCUGGGAAAGGGAAGUCAUUAGUUAAGUCAGCACUUGAUGAGAAAGCUGAAUCUUCUAAUACAGAAUGGGAAGACGUGGAAGAUGAUCAAGAAAGACCGAUCCCGCGUUGCAUUGCCAUUGCUUUUGAGAAUAUUGAAGAUAGAAGCAAGGAUUUUGUCCCAUUAGAAAAACGACUGAAGGCAGAUCCUGUUUUUCAAGCGAAAGUCAAGUUUCAGCGGGCCAAAGUGGCAGCCCAAAAAGCCGAAGAAGCGGCAGCAGAAGCGAAAAAGAAGGCGGCUAAGAAAAAGCCCCGUGCAGUUAGCACCAAAAAGAAAGAAGAAGAUAACAUUACAAGUGUGGCAUUCAAUAAAGCAAAUUUCCGCUUCUACGCAGGCGCCAAAGUGACGAAAGAAGCUUUGGAUGCUGUACACGGCUUGGUGGGAGAAUGGUUCGACUUUACUCUCGACCAAAUGGAGAAUUUUUGCAUCGACGAAGGUAUACCAUCCUUGGAUUCGUGGGAACACUGUUACAAGAUGAUGAAAAGGCAAGGUAUUGUUAAGAAUUACAUGGAAUACUCUGGCCUAUGCCACGAAUUAUUAUUGAAUGAUGAAUGCCAACUACUCCUUCCUACCACUGCCCCGCCCGAAUAUUACGAAUGGAAACGGAAAGCAAAGAGGGAACACAAAUAGGCAUUGUUUCGUUUUUCAAGCAUCCUUGUUUCAAGUUCAUUUUUUUUAUUACAACGAUUUUACACGCAGGUAAAAUGUGCCAUUUUGGUUAUUAUGUUUUAUCCUGCGUUUCCCCUUGUUUUAAGAAAAAUUCCGUUUCCAUAUUUGAAUUCCGUAAAAUCAAAUCAUACAUCGCAUCCAGCCUAACAAGUGCUUACAAUAUGCUUUGUAUUAAUAAAGAAAUUCACGUUUAAAAUAGCAAUAGUACCAAGUAAUUCCAUGUAUUUUUGUUGUCUGCGGGUUUCUCAUGUACUACGUUUUGUCAUUCUUUUGUUCAAAUCCAAAGGCUUAUCGGAUUUAUGUUUCGGCAAAUUAGAUGUGUUGCCAAAAAUUUACAUAUGAAUGCAUUUGGAAAUACAGAUGGUCGCGAAAGUGUUUUUUUGCUCGCAACAAGUUA